ACCCUCUUCAUUUCUGCCAGUUUCGUGCCAUUUUCACAUUUCUAAGGCUACCUAACAUCCAUCAUCAGCAUGUGCCGUUCAGUUAUCGCAUCCCAUACAAGAACAAUUCACAUGCUUAUUCUUUUGUUUAUUUCCCCGUCCUUCACCGCGUCCUCUCUUCUUCCUUCCCUCUCUCCCCUUUUUGCUUCAUCCGGAUACCUCAUCAAGUUUCCUUAACUCUGUCCUUUUCCGGCAGCAGUCUCUCUUCCUUUAGUCAUUCACAUCCACGCAUUCAUGGAGGAAGCUAACGUGAUCGAAGCUAAGGAUGGAACUGUAUCGGUAGCCUCUGCAUUUCCUGGCCACCAGGAAGCUGUACAGGAUCGGGACCACACUUUUUUAAGAAAGGCAGUUGAAGAAGCAUAUAAAGGUGUGGAAUGUGGAGAUGGCGGCCCUUUUGGUGCUGUUAUAGUUUGCAAUGGUGAAGUAGUUGUUAGUUGUCACAACAUGGUCCUGAGGCACACAGACCCAACUGCCCAUGCGGAGGUGACUGCAAUAAGAGAGGCUUGUAAGAAGCUUAAGCGGGUAGAACUCUCAGAGUGUGAAAUAUAUGCUUCCUGCGAACCUUGCCCCAUGUGCUUUGGCGCCAUCCAUCUUUCACGAAUCAAGAGGCUAGUUUAUGGAGCGAAAGCCGAGGCAGCUAUUGCUAUUGGAUUUGACGAUUUCAUCGCCGACGCAUUACGGGGUACUGGAUUCUAUCAGAAAGCUCAGCUGGAGAUUAAAAGAGCCGAUGGGAACGAGGCCAUCAUCGCAGAAGAAGUUUUCGAGAAAACAAAGGAAAAAUUUAAGCUGUACUAAAUCUCACGCAUUCCUUCAACAACAACAACAACAUUAUUUUACUUCCACAGUAAAUGUCUGUCCACGGCCGUCUUCAUUUGAAUUAUUGAAAGUGAAAAUAACAUUUGACGUGUACAAGUUGUAUUAUGGUGCAAUAAGGAUUGUUUCGGCUGCUCUUGAGGUGCUAGUCCCCAAGCAUCACUUUGUCUUAA